AUGCCGAAUACAAGCCAGGGCAGUGAGGGCAGUCUUGUUCUACCGACUGUGCAAUACCAAAGACCACUGAAUGACAAAGUGGUGAUAGUCCAAGUGUUUAUUGGCAUCUUCCUCUGCAUCAACUCCCUCAUGAUAGUGACCUUCUCUAAAAAAGAGGCCUUCUUUACCAACACACGAUACAUAUUCUUUGCUCACUCGCUGAUUUGUGACAGUAUGUUUCUGGCUCUGACUGAUGUAUUGCUGCUGAUGAGCUACUCCAGGGUACCAAUGCCAGGUGGGCUAUGUAUAUUUCUGAUCGUGAUCUUAGAAACCCUGACCGUUGCCACACCGCUGACACUGACAGCCAUGAGCCUGGAGCGCUAUAUAGCAAUCUGCAUGCCCCUGCACCACAGUGAACUCUCCACCCCGGUGAGGGCCAUGCGCUGCAUCCUACUCAUCCAGGCUCUCAGCUCUGUUAAAUGGAUCAUUGUGAUCUCCAUCCUCUUCUCGGCUGUACCUCUGAGCUUCUACACCUCUCUUCUAGUCUGCAGUUUCGAGCAGAUUAUUGUGUUCUCCUGGCAGGGCCACCUCAGCUCGGCUCUGUGUCAGUUCUACUUCCUGGUCAUGUCCGUAGUCAUAGCUUUCACCUAUGUGAAGAUCAUGGUGGCUGCCCGAGCUGCCUCAGCAGACAGUAGGAAGUCCACCAAUAAGGGCCUGAGGACAGUUAUUCUCCAUGGCUUCCAGUUACUCCUUUGUUUGAUUCAGUUCUGGUGUCCUAUGAUAUAAUCGGCUAUAAUGAAGAUCAAUUUGAAUGUGUUUAUUGAGGUUAGGUAUAUU